AUGGAUCAGACUCAUAGACUAUCCCCAAAACUUAAGGUGUUUUCAAUUCCGGAUCAGAAACCUGAUACCAGAUUUGUUCUGUUCGAUGAAACAGAAAUUCACCUACACUCUACAGUCCUGAAACUACACUCAGCAUUCUUCCGCAAGUUUCUUGACUCUCCAGACAAAAAGCUUGCAGAGCCGUCAGCAGAGUUUCGAUACGAAUGGGUCAGUGAGAUUGAGGAGGAUGGCGAAUGGCACAUGGUUGAAAAAUCCCACGCGAAGGCAAAUAAUAAUGUCCUAUCGGAAAAUACAUUCUGGGAUAUGGAGGUCCUGGUCUUCAUUGAGAUGCUCAACGCACUAUACCGUAUUCCAUAUACGAUUUGGGUAACCCGACUGUUCAUCGUCACCAAGAUGGCAGAUUACUAUUGUUGUCUUCCGGCAGUCUCACACAAUCUCUUCGCUUGUUUCGAUCAAAGCAAUAAUGAAUAUGUCGCGGAACAUGCCGUCAAGCUUCUUGAUAUUGCCUACAAGCUUCGUCAAUCCCUUCUGUUCAAAGAUUGCCUCGUUCACGUUGCUGGUUAUAUGCCUCCUAACUCCGGAAAUUAUCAUUAUGUAUGCAACAGAGUGAUCUAUGAUGUCAUGAUGAAAGCACGUAAUGAGGUUAAUCGACGAGUAGUCGAAGCCCAGAAACGUCUCAUGCUAUGCACACCAAGCGAAGAACGCUUGAAAUUUUUAGGUUACUGUUGGGAGAUUGGCUUUGAGGAAACAGAAGGGCAGCUGAGCUUGCCUCGUUACUUCAGACUUCUGUCGGAGCACGACAGCGAAUUCGCCAGUGCCCUCUUUGACGUGCUCCAAUGCGAGUUACGUUUACCGUGUGAAGUCAGUCACGAAGCGGGUGCCCGUGGUAUGAGUGAUCAGAAUAAUUUUUAUUGUGCAAGAUUGUUGGACAGAGAUUUACCAUGGGACACGACUGAGACCGACUGGUAA